GAAGCCGAAGCCGAACGAGAAACACUAGCUGAUGGCCUCCUAGGACCAGGCCCCCCCGCAGACGCCUACCCCACCCCCUACCCCCGGGCGGAACACGCCCUCAGUUACAGCCCUUCGUCCGGAGCCUUAGGUAACCUUGAUUCCGGGUCGGCAGCGGCCACAGCCCGCAGCGCAAGCGGCCUCGGCGGACCCCCUGCCUGCAGCGCGGCUCAGUGCACGCCGGUCCCACUGCCGGGCGCCAGGCGCCCACUCUGCAGCAGCCGCUCCGCUCUCGACCGCGCCGUUCCGCCCGUCGGCCAGCGGCCCGCCCAUGCUCUUGGCCACCAGGAGAGCUAGCCAGCUUUUCCACGGCCUCUUUCCUGUCCCGAGAAUGGGCGACUCCGCCUCUAAGAUCGUCAGCCCUCAGGAGGCAUUGCCGGGCCGGAAGGAGCCGAUCCCCGUCGCGGCCAAACAUCAUGUCAAUGGCAAUAGAACAGUUGAACCUUUCCCAGAGGGAACACAGAUGGCUGUAUUUGGAAUGGGCUGUUUCUGGGGAGCUGAGAGGAAAUUCUGGACUAUAAAAGGAGUAUAUUCAACUCAAGUUGGUUAUGCUGGAGGCUACACUUCCAAUCCUACUUAUAAAGAAGUUUGUUCAGGAAAAACUGGCCAUGCAGAAGUAGUCCGAGUGGUGUACCAGCCAGAACGCAUCAGCUUUGAGGAACUGCUCAAGGUCUUCUGGGAGAAUCAUGACCCGACCCAAGGCAUGCGCCAAGGCAAUGACCAUGGUUCUCAAUACCGCUCAGCCAUCUAUCCAACCUCUACCAAGCACCUGGAGGUGGCCCUGAGAUCUAAAGAAGACUACCAGAAGGUUCUUUCAGAGCAUGGCUAUGGCCCGAUCACGACCGACAUCCGGGAGGGACAAACUUUCUACUAUGCGGAGGAUUACCACCAGCAGUACCUGAGCAAGAACCCUGAUGGGUACUGCGGCCUGGGGGGCACUGGCGUGUCCUGUCCACUGGGUAUUAAAAAGUAAUUUCUCCCCAUGUGGUCAGCGCUUGAGGUCACAGCAAAAAUGCUUUCAACAAAUUGGGCAAUUCUUUUGUGGUUCAGGUCAGCGGCUUUUCAAAGUACACAGAGCACAAAGGCAUUCAUAAAAAUCUGGUUUAAUGAGGUGUAAUUUACAUGAAGUGCAAUGAAUGGCAAGUUGAGAACAUGCAGUUUAUCUUCUGAUAAAUUAUGGUGGGACUAGAACUGUGACCUAUUGGGGUCUGAAUGAGGAUAAUGAGUAUGCUUUGUUCCCCCUGCUUGGGCCGGGACGCCUGCCACAGAAGCUGGGGAAGGAAGCUGGGAGAUUGUCGGACAGGAUGAGGCACGUCGGACACCCUUUAUCUGUGCCCUUUCCCACCUUACCUGCCCUCUGCCCUCCAGUGCCUUAACAUCUGCAAACAUUUAUAGCCUCAAUGAAUCAUUCACUGCAAUACUUUGCUCUUCUGAUCCUGUAUGUGUAAGGGGCUUUCUCUCCUUUUCUGCCCUCCCAUGGCAGAGAAAAGAUGUGAGUUAGCUUGACGAAUUCAAACACUUUGCUUACAGCUAUGAGAAAUGCUUGUUCUAAUAAAAGUUUACAAUCCAAUACAAA